CCUUUGUAUUUGGUGGAGGAGUACAAUAUAUUGAGCUUAAACGAAAAAGAUAAAAAAGAGGUUUUGACCCUCAUCCUCCCAAUCAGGAGUAUCAACCUCAAUCAAUUAGUGUAUCAAUUUUAUUCCUUUAAAACUAAAUUUUGUCUGAAAAAAACUGGGAUAUAUUCCUUUCUGCGUGAACUUCAUUGAUUUCAGUCUCAAUCUCAAACAUUUGCUUUGUGUGUAAGAGUUCAACACGAGAGAGAAAAUCAUGGAUGUUGUUCAGCUCUUACAGAGGCAAGUCAUCGACUAUAUGAAGUCUUUGUACAGGGAGCAUUAUUUGGAUGAUCAGUUCAACCAAUUGCAGAAAUUGGCUGAUGAGAGUAGCCCAGAUUUUGUUAUUGAAGUUGUUACUCUUUUUUUCCAAGAUUCUGAGAAGCUCCUUGAGAAUUUGAGCAAAGCUCUUGAGCAGCCUGCUGUAGAUUUCAACCAAGUGGCAAAUCAUGCUCAUCAGUUUAAGGGGAGUAGUUCUAGCAUUGGUGCACAUAGGGUCAAAAACCAAUGUGUUAAGUUUCGAGCUUUUUGCGAGGAGAAAAAUCGUGAUGGAUGUCUUGCGUGUCUGCAAGAGUUGCAGCAGGAGUAUGUUGUUCUGAAAAAGAAGUUCGAAAUCCUUUUCCAGCUGGAGCAAGAGAUUGUGAAAAAUGGCGGGACAGUUCCUAUCAUGGAUUAAGUCUUUGAAACCCAAGGCAAAACGAUAAAAAAAAAAAAAAAAAAAAAAAAAAAAAAAAAAGAAAAAAGAAAAAAAGUGGGUAGAUUGUGCUUGAUGAUCCAAACCCUUUUACAAGUCUCCGUAACCUUCUCUUGAGAACCACUGUGAAUAACCAUUUCUAAAUCUAAUACUUUAGAUACCAUUUUCAUGUGAGAUAUAUUUCUAGCUUUAUCUGUUACCAUGUAGGUGACAAAAUGUUACAUGAUGUUCUUGAUGUUUUUUUAAGUUGUGUUUAGUGUUGAAGCUUCUUUGUGGUUGACUUGUAGUCCAUUUAUAUCCUACUAUAUUGAAUUGCUUCAGGUAUUGGCUGGGUGGAUGGUUAAUGAAUUUUAAAAUUUGUGAGAAUA